AUGGUUAAUGCCCUUUUAGUUUGUUUACUGAGCAUAACAAUCAUACAAAAAAAUAAUUUAAUUUUUUACCAAUAUAUAUACAUAUGGUUAUUUUUAACAAUUUUAUGCAACACAAUAAUUGUUGUUAAUUUGUGUUAUGGAAAUGAGAAGCGUGAGAAAUGGAAAAAUAACGAUUUCUUUCCAUUUAUUAGUUGCUCCUUAACUAUAGGGGAAUGUUAUAAAGGCGAGGCAUUGUCAAGUUUGUCAAAAAUUAUAAAGAAUAAAAAAAAUGAUAAAUUUUAUAAUUUUCCUAAAAAAACAGAAUUGUUAUUCUAUUUUUUAAAAUUAUUUCUGUGUACAUAUGUGGAGAAUUUUUUUUCUUUUUUUUUUCUCCCAUUUUUGUCUACCCUUAUGUUCCUUAAAUAUGACAUUUUUCGUUAUGAAAUCGCAAAAUUGUCUCUCAUUUUUGUUAACACAUUUGCUAUUUCAAGUGUGUGUCUGAAAUAUGUUAAAAUAAACAUUUUGUCAUAUUUUUUAUGUCAUAUAUCUUUGUUCGCUGUAACCUUAGCUAUAAUAAAAGUGCAAGAAAAUGUAUUUAUAUGUUUUUUGGUUUUUAUGGUGAUUUUCGCCUUUUAUCAUAUUUUAUUAAUAGCAACAUUUUGUCUGGCAAAUAAAGCAUUUUCAUUCAUGAAUGGGGUACUCAUAAGUACGAUUGGGACAAUUUUUUUAGCCGUUUCAUUAUAUAGUCUAACUUAUGAUUAUUUAAAUAUUAAACUGUUUGCUGGACCAUUUUUUUUAGUUUUAAGCAAAUUGAUAUUGAGCAUAGGAUUAUAUGGAGGAUACUGUGCAUAUUUUAUACAAAAUGGAGAUGAAAAAAAAAUGAAUAAAAGGAAAAUUAUUAUGUCAACAUUUUUGUUUUUUUUCUAUAAUAUAUACAACUUUUUUUUUAAAGAAUAUAACACAGGAAAUAUAGAUGGCGGAAACUUCGUAUAUUAUACAAUGAGACUUAUAAAAAUGAAUAAUAAUUUUAUUUUAAUAAUAUCCUGGUUUUUAAUAACAAUAUUGUAUUUAAUUUUUAUAAACAUCUUAACAAAAAAAGGAACAAAUUUAAUAUGUGUAAGGAAGCAUUACCAUUUCCUUCUUUUUUUGAAUACAAAUUUAGCAUUUUGGGCAGGAAAAGUUGAAUUACUCACAAUCGUGUUAUCAUUUAUAUUGCCCCUUUUUAUCCUGAUUGAGAUUUUACGAAAAAAUUACGAAAAUGCAUUCGAUUCUAAUAACUGGCUGAAUUUAUUUUUUACAAGAUUUAUCGAUGAUAGAGAUCGCCAUGGACUAAUUUUAACCCACAUAUAUCUUUUAGCUGGAGCAUAUUUGCCAAUUGCCGCUGAUGUCAUUUUUAGCAACACACAUUAUAUUUAUGAUAAAAAAGAAAUAAGAUAUUUAUUUCGAGAAACAAAUUUAUUUUUAUACUGUUCUGGAUUAUAUUCCAUAUGUAUAGGGGAUUCAUUUGCGGCAAUAGGAGGUCGUUUAUAUCUUACCCCCAAAAUCACAAAUACAAAUAAUAAAUCCUAUUUAGGUUUUUUUUUUUUUUUUUGUACUACCUUCGUAUCGCUACUUUUUUUUAGCUACCUCCAGAAACCCGAUUUUACUAAUGUGAAAGAAUGCUUUAUUAUAUCGUUAUUUGGAGCUAUAUUCGAGGCUUAUUUGAACGAUAUCGAUAAUUUACUUUUACCAAUUUUUUCUUUUUGCGUGUAUUUAUGUUUUGAAGAAUAA